CCAACCAUCGGAUCUUUCACCUUCUCAUCUCGACGCUCCAAUUACAUCGUGAUGUCCGCCGUCCGAUCUAACUCGGCUUCAACGUGUCCUGUACUGACCAAGUUUCAGAAAGACUGCGACACUCCUACACCGUACCUACGCAACGUAGCCAACGCCAUUGCUGAUGACAUGCGAGCUGGUCUAGCUGUUGAAGGAGGAGGAGAUCUCGAUAUGAUCUUGACUUAUGUUGACGCUUUGCCUUCUGGGAAUGAGGAAGGGUUGUUCUAUGCAUUGGAUUUAGGAGGUACAAAUUUUCGGGUGCGUAGCGUGCAAUUAGGAGGAAAGAAAGAGCGAGUCUUAGCUACCGAAUCUGAACAAAUAUCUAUUCCUCAAAAGCUUAUGAUUGGUACAAGUGAGGAACUCUUUGGGUUCAUUGCUGCAAAACUUGCAAGCUUUGUUGCAAAGGAGAAGCCGAGUCGGUUUCGGUUAGAAGAAGGGAGGAAAAGGGAGAUAGGGUUUACCUUUUCAUUCCCUGUGAAGCAAACCUCUAUUGAUUCAGGCACAUUAAUCAAGUGGACUAAAGGCUUUAAAGUGUCUGGAAUGGAAGGAAAAAACGUGGUUGCUUGUUUAAAUAAAGCUAUGGAAGUUCAUGGACUCGAUAUGCGAGUUUCUGCUCUCGUAAAUGAUGGAGUGGGAACAUUAGCUGGAGCAAGGUAUUCGGACGAGGAUGUGAUGAUCGGUGUGAUUCUUGGCACUGGAACCAAUGCUUGUUAUGUAGAGCAGAAGCAUGCAAUUCCUAAACUCCAAAGCAAAUCGUCUUCUGGAACAACGAUCAUAAACACGGAGUGGGGAGGAUUCUCUAAGGUUCUUCCGCAAACCAUUUUUGACCAAGAGAUGGAUGCGAAUAGCCCGAAUCGUGGUGAACAUUUAUAUGAGAAGAUGAUCUCAGGGAUGUACCUUGGUGAAAUUGUAAGAAGGGUUUUGCUCCAAAUGUGUGAAACUAGUGACUUGUUCGGACAAUUUGUUCCUGUCAAACUCUCCACUCCCUUUGAACUCAGGACCGAGCAUCUAUGCAAAAUGCAAGAAGACACUACAGAUGAUCUUCAAACUGUUGGAUCAGUCCUAUACAACAUUUUAGAGGUAGAGGCGAAUCUGAACGCGAGGAGAAGAGUGGUGGAAGUGUGCGAUACAGUAGUAAAACGCGGAGGGCGUCUAGCAGGAGCUGGUAUAGUGGCAAUUCUUGAGAAAAUUGAAGAAGAGACCAAAAGAAUGGGUUCUGGUAAAAGAACUGUUGUGGCUAUGGACGGUGCACUCUACGAGAAGUACCCACAGUAUCGACAGUAUAUGCAAGAUGCACUAGUCGAGCUUCUUGGCGAUAAGCUAAGUCACAUUGCGAUCAAACAUACCAAAGACGUGUCUGGGCUCGGUGCUGCUCUUUUGGCCGCCACUAACUCCAUUUACUAAUUUCCAGAGGAGAUGAUCCGUUUCAUAUUAUUGCAGAACAGACAAGGUAAGACUCGUCUUGCCAAAUACUAUGUUCCUCUCGAAGAAUCAGAGAAACACAAAGUCGAAUACGAGGUUCAUAGGUUAGUGGUGAAUCGCGACGCUAAAUUCACCAACUUCGUUGAGUUUAGAACACACAAGGUGAUAUACAGGCGUUAUGCUGGAUUGUUUUUCUCCGUGUGUGUGGACAUAACCGACAAUGAGUUGGCGUACCUGGAGAGUAUCCAUUUGUUUGUGGAGAUAUUAGACCAUUUCUUCAGCAAUGUUUGUGAGCUAGAUUUGGUGUUUAAUUUCCACAAGGUUUACUUGAUACUCGAUGAAUUCAUUCUUGCUGGGGAGCUUCAAGAAACAAGCAAAAGGGCAAUCAUCGAAAGGAUGUCAGAACUCGAGAAGCUACAGUGAUGACUGUUAGGAAUCACUUUCUACUUGGUUAACGCGUGCCUACCAGAUGUUUCUUGGCAUGUUCGGAGAUUUGCAAUACUUUGUUGAGUUGUUAGACAAUGGUGUAGUGUUAACAUUGUGAAUGAAUAUAGAGUGAUUCUGCUA